AUGGUAUACUUGACGAGUGCUUGGGGUAUGGGAGAAACUGAUCCCAAGUGUUUAAGCACCAACUUAUCCCCAAUUUCAUCCUCUACGUCUUCAUCAGCCACUGCAUUCCGUCAAGAACAUGAUGAGGAAGUUGCUCUGCACCCACUCAAUAAUCAGGUUGGAGGACACACUCGUCUGUUACUCCUCAAUCAAAAUACAAUAUGCAAGCCGUUGAAUAAAAGAGAGUUGGACUUUUAUCGAAACAUUCCUCAAGAUAUACAAAUGUUUGUCCCUAAAUUCAAAGGUGUUAUUCAGGCGUCCAGUAGUUGCGGUGAAGUAGAGAAGCGUUACAGUCCAAGUUUUAGAGAUGCUGAAAAUUCAUCACAUCAUCAGGCUCAAGUUGGCAAAAGUUCGACUAAACGAAAACGCGAUGACGUCCUUAGAAUGAAAAUUCAUCGUAAGAAUAGUACAGUUGAUGUGCUGAAACCUGAAUCACACUUGGAUAGUUCUUCAAAUAAACAAUAUUUUUUAUUAUUAGAAAAUAUAACAUGUUGUUACACUCAUCCUUGUAUAUUGGAUUUAAAAAUGGGAACAAGACAACACGGAGAUGAUGCUUCGGCAGAAAAACGUAGUAAACAAAUAGCUAAAUGUGCCGCAAGUACAUCUGCGUCUUUGGGAGUGAGAUUGUGUGGUAUGCAGGUUUAUCAAGCAGAUAUUGAUCAGUACGUGAAAAGAGAUAAAUACUGGGGCCGUGAGCUGAACGAGGAGGGUUUCAAAGCUGCACUGUAUCGCUUCUUCCACAAUGGUUACUGCCUUAGAACUCACGUGAUUCAACGGGUAAUUACUCGAUUGGAAAGUCUUCGUCGAGCUAUUGAGAGACAGAGCAGCUAUCGUUUUUAUUCUUGCUCCUUGCUAGUUGUUUACGAGGGAUUUCAAAUAGAAGAUUACUCAAGUCGUUCAAGAAGUCCAUUAACAACACUCGGCGUUGAAGAAGAAUCCAAUGAAUCAUCAAGUUUUGUUGAAAAUCUUACCCAUGAUUCGGAUAGCUUCCUAGAUGGUAGCCACAGCAAUGCGUCAACGGAUUUUAAUCUUGGUCAUGAAGAAGUUAAUCAAACAAUCUUACAUCGUGCUUUUGGUGAAGCAGCAGCGCGUGGAGCCAAACAUGCUACGGGUUUUUAUCCAAUAAAUGAGGAAACUGUUUUUAUGGACCCGCCAUCUAAUUUAAUUAAUGCAACGGUGGUACCAAGUCAAGACUAUGACAGUUGGACGUUUACAGACACUCAAAGUAAUCUAAGCAGUCACAAUAUUAGUACUUCAAGCAGUAACAGUAGUAGUAGUGAUAGUGAUAAUGAAUAUUGUUGUGUUGGUAAACACACGAUAACAAAUUCAGAUGAUAUCAGCUCAGACUUAGAUCUAGGUCGUAAAUGCUCAUUGAAAAGAACACGACCAGGCCAUAGAUUGGAUAUUUAUGAAGGUCAAAAUCAUCAAGAUGAAGAGGAAGAGCUUAAAAGCGCGACAAAGAGACUUAGAGUUAAACAUGAUAAUAAAAACCCCCCUGAAAAUGCAAUGGUCGAUGUUAGAAUGAUUGAUUUCGCGCAUACAACAUUUGAACAUAAAAUAGCCUCAAGUUCAGUAGCAUGCCAUUCUAAUUCAACAGUACAUCAAGGACCUGAUUGCGGGUUUUUAACGGGUCUUGAUAGUCUUAGAAGAUUGUUAAUGGAGAUACUUGCUGAAGGUUAA